GGGGAGUCCUGUGGUCCAGGCUUGCAGCUUCCACAGUUUUCUGACAGUCCACUGCUUUGUGUAUCUAGAGACCGAGCGAGCCGCUGCACAGAAGCUUCUAUACAACACUUAUAAUUCAGUUCUGACCUGAUUCAUUGAAGAUGAGAACUCUGUUGAGGGUCUGUGUCACUGCAGCUCUGCUGGUCUGCUACAUCCUGUCGAGCUGUGCUACCGAACACGAAGUGAGUAAAGGUGAAAAACUGCAAAGCCCUGACAGUCACAUCAAGGUGAUGAGAAAUUACACAGAACCAGAUGUCAGGAGACCUAAGCCAGCAACUCAGAGGAAGAAGGCAAAGAAGACAGGACAUCAGAGAGUUUCCAUGGGGCAGAGAAGUGACAUCAGCUGCACCAGACUGGGAGGCACCUGCCAGCCACACAGAUACAUCUGCCAGGGCCGGUACCUGGAAGACAAGUGUUCAGGAGCCAAAAAGCGGCAGUGUUGUACACGUGUUGGAGCCUGGACUGUCUUUUGUGCAGGGCACCACAAGAACAGAGUGAGGGCAUGCGAUGGGCACGGCUGUGGAACUUUUAACUCGAGAAGAGGUAACAAGCUACAUAAAGCUGUGGACCUUGUGUGUGAUGACUAUGGUAUUGUCAACACUCCAUUCUCAGGCUCUCUGGCAGGUCCAGUGAGUCGGAGAGACCCUGCUGGGAAUGCGUUGGAUGGGGUCAAACUUCUGAAUGAUGUGUACUGUGUGAACAUCUUCAACAUCCGUCCUUACCGUUACAUCGGCCCUGUGGUUCAAGGAGAAGCCUUGGGUUAUCUGCUGCCGCUUCAGGAACGCUUCUCCGGAAUCACUUCGCACCUGGAGCUGCAAAUGUGUGAUGGCACUGACCCUUCACCUUUCAUCUAAGUCUCUCAUAUACAACCACCCUCACUUUGACAUUCACCUUUAAUAAAACCUCUGUCAUGUGUCAUACAACAAACUCUGACCCGCUCAAAUCUUAAAAGCCUUUUAUUAGUUCUAACCUUUUCUCUGCCCUGACUAUGAGCACAAUUUACUUAAUAACUUUGACACUGAAGUAUUUAGAUCCAAUAAUAUAGGCAAUGAUUCAACAGUCUUAAUUCUUCAUCCUCUAUUGCAUAAGCUGUACAAAGAUUUGGUCUUCCUAAGAAAUCAUUCUAAUACAAAUGUCUUAGAUUACAAAUCAGUUUCAGUAGUUCUUACAUACUCGGGGUUGCCUGAUGAUCCUUUUUUAACCUUUUGUAUAUUUUUGUAACACAUUUUUCCGGUUUAUGUCAUGCUCUUUUCUUAGUAACCAGAAAAUCUACAUUAGUGAAACUGCCAUUCAUGACUGUCGUGCUUUUUUGUAUUCCUCUCUUUCUUUUAACCAAAACUGAUUGAUUCCUCAACCCCUUUUAACACAAUAUCUUUAUAUCUGAAUGAUGCAAUACAUUCUUGACUUUCAUUUUUUUUGGCUAAAGUGGUUUUCAUUUCCCAUCCCCCAGAAAGAUUUUGAGAUAGAUAAGUCAAAUAUUGUCACAAAGAAUAUUCUUCAAUUUUCUCCAUUUCAUUCUGAAGUGUAACUUGCCAAGACAGUUUUGACUCCUGACAUUUUCUCCAUAAUGCAGUUGUCAUUUUAAAUUAAUCAACUGCAAUUCCACAAGGGAUGUGCCUUGUCAGAGGGGAAAAACUGCCACAUUUACAGUGAAACUGCAAUGAGCAGCUUACGCCAAGAGAUGGAGCUGUCGUUCAACAAAAUGACAUGUCAAACCUUAGACUUCAUCCUUAGACAUUUUCUCUUUCAUCCAUCAAUUUUACAUUUUUUUGAAGUCUUUAAAAUAUAAUUAAAGACAACUAGCUACUAAUAAAUACAUUAAAUCAAAACACUCACUAGGAAAUAUCAAGGUAAAUAUGUUGUAUUAUUAAAAAACAA